CGCAGACUGCGGCGCCUUAGGACGGUGAUCUGGGGGCCCCUUCUUGGGCCCCCUCCAGAGUUUGUCAGUGGAGUUUUAUUUUUUUUAAUUCAUAUUUUUGUUUAUAGGAGAGAAAUAUACCCCCUUCCAAAGAAUCGGGAGCUCAUAAAAGUUUGGAACUUUCUAAAAAGUGAAUAAUUUCAGGCUUGCCGUCUGGACUUCCUCAUCCUGUUUGUGAGAGACCCAAGUGACUUGCUUUCCCUUUACUCCUGGGUCAGAAACCUCUUUGGAGUGUGUGUAAUUGGGUGUGCACUUGUGAGUCAGGGAGAAAUUGCUGGAGCCCCUCGCACCAGUGGUUGCUGAAGCAGAAGAUUCCAGAAAAACCAUUCCCUUGCGGGGCACAAGCUAAGCCUGAAGGAUUUCCAAAAUGACCAAGGUACCAGCCACCAAGAAGAUGCAGAGUUCCCCCAAUUCCAGAGCCCUUUGGCCCUUUUAUGGCUCAGAACAUCUAACCCAGGUCCCAGACAAGCCAAUGCGGAGCAUCAAGUAUAUGAACAAGGAAAUAGUAAACCUCAAAAAAGACCUUGCACGAAGCCGCUUCCUGGUCCAGUCAGUGAGGACAGGCCGCGGGUAUUUCACCACCCUGAGGGAGGAGAGCGCCUCAAAGAAGAGGCGACUCCAGCUUCGGAAGCUGGAAGAGCAGCAACGGCAUCAGUUCCAACCACCCGAGAAGAUCUCAGAAAUCCCUUACAGGGACAGUCUUUUGACCACGUAUGAUGAGGAGAAGAUCAAGAAGACGGGGCCCGCAGUCACGCCUCACCCGUUCACCCCCGUGCACAGCUGCAUCAUUUUGCCCUCGCUUCCUGAAGCUCACAUGGAGCCCCUCUUCCGCCAGCUCUGUGCCCUCCACUGGCUUCUGGAGGCCCUGACUAUUGACCACACCCACCACACCAUGAAGCCUGUGAUCACCUGCUGGAAUCCAAAGGACCCAGGUGGAAGCAAGAACACAAUCAAAAAAAUCAGUAAGGAUAAGUCCGUGGGACAGAGGUGGGAACACUUCGUCACAGCGACAAAGCCCAAGAAAUUCAAAAUCCCCACACAACACGCCACCAGCCACAAACCCAGCUGGCGAGGCUCGGUGCUCAGCCUGUCCUGGACCAGUGGGGGGUCAUCGCCGAGGGGCAGCAUGUUGUCUGUGAUCCCCGGCUCAGAGGAGCCCCUGAGUGUCAACACCCAGGCAACGGGCAGCAAGGACAUGGAGGACAAUGAGUCAUCUUCGACCAAGCCUGACGAAGAACCCGUCCAUACUGACCUGCAGAAGCUCCUGGAGAUGGUUCGGGAAGAUGCCCGGAGGACAAUCACAAUGGAAAAUGGGAUGGAAAAAACAGCACCCAGUAUCUUGUCAAUACUCAGACAAAACAAGAGCGAUACUGCCCAUAAAGACAUCCAGACCACCCACAAAUCAAGCAGUAGAUCCAGCAGUACAAGUGGAGACAGCCACACCCAGGCAGUCCAGAGAAAGUCUAAAAGCCGCACCAACCGUGACAUCAUCCACUGCAAGAGUGGGGUGUGUUCUGCCAUGAGGGCCAAGUUUUCCAGGGUGGCCCAGGAAGCCAGCUUCUGUCUUCAGGACAAGAUAGAAAUCCUCAUGAAGCACCAAGAAGAGAGAGGUCUCCAGAAGUUCCAUUCUUUCAUCCUUGUCUCGAAUUUUCAAAAGGAUAUAGCAAAAAUGAGACAUCAAGUCUCAAUAGGAAAAGGAGAUGUAGAGGAAACUGCAGACCACUGGUACUUUGACCUGCUGUCCAAACUCCCGGAGAAUCUGAAGAAUUUCCGCCCUGCCAAAAAGAUCCUGGCCAAACUGCAGAAGUUUGGGGAAAACCUGGACUUGCGGAUCCGACCCCAUGUUCUUGGGGUUGUGAGGGAGGUGGUUCUUUCAGACCAGCUCUCAGACUGCCCUGUCUUUGCCCCACAGUUUGUGCGAGAACACAUCAUCCAUAUGACUCAAGAGGAUUAUAUCAGCUGGCUGCAGAAGCGGAUCAAUAUCCCCAUCUGGCCCCACAACACCCAGAGGUAGGCUGGGCCUGGGUUGACCAGCAGUCCCGGCAGGGUAGGGCCAGACUGCACUGUAGGCCUGCUUCCUUCCUGUUCUCAGGGAUAUGCACUGUCGUAUAGGAGGGUCAUCUGGAGACUGGCUUCUGGCAACAUUCUAGAGAGAAAGACUCCCAGGUGGAAUCUCCCCUCAACCUCGCACCCUUGCCUCAACUUCCUAGUCUCUGUUCCAUAUUGGUCCAGCCUGACUCUACCCACUCCCUCUCCAGAUCCCUUCAUUCGAUCCCUCUGCUUCAAAUUCUGGAUAAUAAAAUUGAGGUGAAUGUUGGC